AUGGCUAAAAGAAGAACAAAAAGAAGAACUCAUAAAAAAGUUUCGGAAGAGGAUCUUUCCAAGAUCCCCAAAUCUAUGGUGCUCCAUCUCGGAGCAGCUUUGAAAAACCACUCAUUAUCGCAAUUGGUUAAUGAUUUCCGUAAUACCAUGCAGCCAUACACUGCAAUCAACUUGCGUGAACGAAAAUCCAAUAAACUCAAAGAUUUCAUUGUCAUGUGUGGACCCUUGGGUGUUUCUGAUAUCUUUAUAUUCAAUCAAUCUGCCACGGGAAAUAUCACGUUGCGAAUGGGUAAAUUACCUCGUGGUCCAACAUUACAAUUUCGUGUCAAUACGUAUUCUCUUUGCAAAGAUGUACGAAGAAUCCUUAAGCAUCCCAAAUCCGUUGGUAAGGAUAGCUUGGAGUUUCACCAGCCUCCGUUGUUGGUGCUUAAUGGUUUUACUGCAGUGAACGAAGCUGAGUCACACGAGAAAUUGCUCAUCACAAUGUUUCAAAACAUGUUUCCACCAAUCCAGCCGCAAAUCACUAAGGUGAAUACAAUCAAAAGAGUCUUGUUGAUUACUAAGGAUAAGAAAACUGGAGAAAUUGAACUUAGGCAUUAUGCAAUCAACACUAAAUUAGUUGAGGAAAGCAGAAAUGUUAAGAAAUUAAUUCAAUCUCAUCAUAAUUUGAAAAAGAAAUUGCCCAAAAUGACAAACGCUCAGGAUGUAUCGGAUUUGAUCUUGGACCCAUAUGCCGUUGGUGGAUUGACAUCGGACAGUGAGGUUGAAGAUGAUGCAGUUGUCGAGGUGCAACACGAAGAAUUGGUCAAGAAAGAUGCAAAAAAACCAGAAGAAACCGGAACUAACUCAGUCACCACCGAGAGAAAAAAGAGGGCAAUCAAGUUGAUUGAGCUUGGACCGCGUAUCAACAUGAGCUUGAUGAAGAUUGAAGAAGGAUUGGUUGGUUCUUCCAAGACUCUUUACCAUGCAGCAGUGACAAAAACACAACGUGAUAUGGAUGAGUUGGAUGCUAAGCAUAGACAAAAGGAGAAGUUGAAAGCAGAAAGAAGAAGCAAACAACAGGCUGCCGUACAAGCGAAAUUGGAUGCCAAAAAGGCUAAAAAGGCAAAGAAAGCAAGAUUUGCUGAUGAUGACGAGGUUAAAGGAGAAGCUAACGGAGAAGAAGAAGAAGAAGAAGAGGGAGAAGAAGAGGAAGAAGAAAAUGCAGACGAGGAUAUGCCAGAGUUGAAAGCAGAGGACUAUGAAAAUGAUAGUGAUUUGUAUAGUGACGUUGAAGUAUAA